GAACAUAAUUAUAACAAAACAAACCAAAAAUUGAUCAGAAAAAUCUCAGCAGAGCUGUGAAUAGAAACUGCCCUGACGUUUCACCCACCGAGAGGCCAAAAAGGCUCUCUUUUUCUCUCUCUCCGCCACUUAUUCACCCACCACCACCGUUAUCCAUGACGGCAUCCGUCGAAAAUAUCCCGUUCCGCCGCCUCGACCAGGGCGGCACAUCUACCGUCUUCCACUCCCUAUCCGGUGACUCCUCCGUCCGAGGAUGCAACAAUUUCCUCCCUAAUCCUGAACUCACCCACCACAAGUCAUCUCAUCGCACCGCCGCCGACGUGGUCCCCGGUGAGUUUUAUUCUUCCGGCGAUGACGACGACGACGACGGCGACCGGAAUGGCAGUGACGACUACGCUGCGGAAAUAAGGAAAGGGAAAUCGGAAACAGAGCCGUCCGUUCACGACGCCAGAGACUCCAAUACUUCAGACCGGUGGAUUCCGCGGAACCCGUCGCUGAUCCGGCUGACCGGGAAGCACCCGUUCAACUCCGAGCCGCAGCUGGACCGGCUGAUGCGCCACGGUUUCAUCACCCCGGUCCCGCUCCACUACGUCCGGAACCACGGCGCCGUCCCCUGCACUUCAUGGGACGACUGGACCGUCGAGGUCACCGGCCUCGUGAAGCGGCCCAUGACCCUCACAAUGGAACAGCUAGUCAACGAGUUCCCUCACCGCGAGUUCCCCGCCACUCUGGUAUGCGCCGGGAACCGCCGCAAGGAACAGAACAUGGUCAGAAAGACGAACGGGUUCGACUGGGGCGCCGCCGCCGUCUCCACCUCCGUCUGGAGAGGGGUCCCACUCGCCGCCGUCCUGAAGCGGUGCGGGAUCUACAGCCGGAGGAGGGGCGCCCGGAACGUGUGCUUCGAAGGGGCGGAGGACUUGGCCGGGGGCGGCGGCGGGGGGUCGUCGAAGUACGGGACGAGCAUUUCGAGGGAAGUCGCGAUGGAUCCGGCGAGGGAUAUUGUGGUGGCGUACAUGCAGAACGGGGAGAGGCUGGCGCCGGACCACGGGUUUCCGGUGAGGAUGAUCAUUCCGGGGUUCAUCGGCGGCAGGAUGGUGAAGUGGCUUAGGAGAAUCAUUGUCACCACUCGGGAAUCGGGAAGUUACUAUCACUACAUGGACAAUAGGGUCCUUCCGUCCCACGUGGACGCCGAACUCGCUAAAGCUGAAGCUUGGUGGUACAAGCCAGAGUACAUAAUCAAUGAGCUGAACAUCAAUUCCGUCAUUACGACGCCGUCUCAUGAAGAGAUCUUGCCCAUCAAUGCUUGGACCACCCAAUGCCCUUUCACGCUUAGAGGCUACGCCUAUUCUGGAGGUGGGAAGAAAGUGACGCGAGUGGAAGUGACAAUGGACGAAGGGGAGACAUGGAUGGUGUGCCAACUCGACCGUCCUGAGAAGCCAAACAAGUACGGCAAAUACUGGUGCUGGUGCUUUUGGUCUCUCCAGGUCGAGGUCCUCCCCUUGUUGGGCGCCAAACAAAUUGCGGUUCGGGCUUGGGAUGAGACUCAUAAUACCCAACCCCAAAAGCUCAUUUGGAAUCUCAUGGGAAUGAUGAACAAUUGUUGGUUCCGGGUGAAGACCAACAUUUGCAAAGCACGCAAAGGAGAGAUUGGGAUAGUGUUUGAGCACCCGACGCAGCCCGGAAACCAACCGGGCGGAUGGAUGUCCAAGCAAAUGCACCAUGAGAGUUCUUCCGAUGCCACACCCGCUCUCAAGAAGAGCGUGUCGUCGCCCUUCUUCGACAACACCGCGGCCGCUAAGACCUUCUCCAUGUCCGAGGUGAAGAAGCACAACACCACGGACUCCGCUUGGGUGGUCGUCCACGGCCACGUCUACGACUGCACCCGCUUCUUGAACGAGCACCCAGGCGGCUCUGAUAGCAUCCUUAUCAACGCUGGCACCGACUGCACGGAGGAGUUUGACUCCAUCCACUCCGAUAAGGCGAGGGGGCUCUUGGAAGACUAUAGGGUCGGGGAGGUCGUGGUCACCACUUCGGGAGGCUACACUUCCGAUUCCUCCUCGUCUACUCCCUCUUCGGCAAACGGAUCCGUCCACGGUCCCAACCAUUUAGCACCGAUAAGAGAAAUGGGUGCAAUGGGACUGACGGGCAAUGCAGAUGCAGUGCUCGUCGUCCCACACGAGAAAAUCUUGUGCAAACUCGUGCACAAGGAAUCCAUCUCCCGCGACGUGAGGCUAUUCAGGUUCGCUCUCCCCCGAGAUGACCAAGUCCUCGGCUUACCGGUUGGAAAGCACAUUUUCUUGUUCGCCAUUGUAGACGGGAAACUCUGCAUGCGGGCAUACACCCCCAUCAGCGCCCCUGACCAGGUCGGAUACUUUGACCUGGUCGUGAGGAUUUACUUCAAAGAAAUCCACCCCAGAUUUCCAAACGGGGGCCAAAUGUCCCAACACCUAGAGUUGCUCCAACUGGGCUCUUGUCUCCAGGUCAAGGGCCCAGUAGGGCACAUUGAGUACAAAGGGAGGGGAAAUUUUCUUGUCCAUGGUAAGCCCAAAUUCGGGACGAAGCUCUCCAUGAUCGCCGGAGGGACAGGGAUUACUCCGAUCUACCAAGCCAUGCAGGCAAUCUUGAGGGACCCGGGGGACGAAACGGAGAUGCACGUGGUCUACGCUAACCGGACGGAAGCGGAUAUUGCAUUGAGGGGCGAGCUUGACGCAUGGGCGGAGAAAUAUCCGGGCAGGGUCAAAGUGUGGUACGUUGUUCAAGAGUCGCGGGAAGGGUGGAAGUAUAGCACCGGGUAUAUCAAUGCCGAGAUCCUGAGAGGGCAUAUUCCGGGGGCAUCUGCCACCACGCUGGCGCUGGCGUGCGGGCCGCCGCCGAUGAUUCAGUUCGCCGUUUGUCCUAACUUGGAGAAGAUGGGGUAUGACAUCGAGGGUUCUCUACUGCUGUUUUAGCUCGCUUAAUAAUCUCUACUCGUAUUUUUCUGUGUUUUUUUUGUACUCCGUAUAUAAUUGUGUAUUGUAUAUGGAUACUACAACGCCACAGCUGGUAUAUAGUUGUUC